GUUUUAUUCCUGCCCCCAAAGCCGGCCGUUGAACCGACUCCGGGAGAGGGAGAGGGAGUCGUCUUCUUCCUCCCCUCCGACUCCGGCUCCGACCCCGACUCCUCCCCAAAUUCGGCCGGACCCAAUCCAACCCAUCGAUCCCGCCGCCCCGUCCCCUCCCCUCCCCUUCCUCUCCCCCGACCCACCACCCCGCACCCAACGCCCCGCCCUCGCGCGCUUGCCCUAGGCCUGCCGCCGACGCCUCGGGCCCCCCGCCCCUCGCCGCCGGAGCCGCCUCCCCCUCCUCCUCGCGGCCGACUCUUCCCCCGCUGGGUGUUCAGGUGAAUUCAUCGACAACCAAGGCGGCUUCUUCCCUGCUUACUGAUCCACAAUGGGGGAGGAGGACGACGACCAGCGCCUGCUGCACAGCCUCGGCGUCACCUCCGCCAACAUCGACGACAUCGAGAGGAAGAUCCUGUCGCAGGCGAAAACCGACCCGAAGAAGCAUGACGCCGAGACGUCGGGGCCGGCCGCCGUCGGUGACCAGGAGAGUAGCCUGACAACGCCUCAAGACGAUGCUCAGGCCAAGCUGCACCAGAAACUGCGGUCUGUGCAGCUUGAGAUCGACGCCGUGGCUUCAACCCUUGGAGGGGCUAAACAAGCCGCUGGAAAGAAAGGCGGUGGGGGAAGCUCGGGUAGCGCUGAUGCCGAGGAUAAGAAGAAGAAGAAGAAGGAGAAGGUGAAGGAGGAGGAGAAUGCUGAUGAAGACGCCCCUCGUGGAGGAGCCCUCCAGCAAGCGCUUGCCGCCGAGCGGCUCAGGAGCCUCAAGAGGGCCAAGGUGCAGAUUCAGAGAGAGAUAUUGCAGUCCGGACCUGGCCCGUCUGGAUCGGGCAACCAAAAAGACAAGAUGCUGGCGAUGAUAGUUGAGGACGAGCCGAGGCGGAAGAAGUCGCUGAAGCCGCCUGGUGGUCCUAAGAAGAAGUCGCCGACGCGUCGGUUGAAAACCGUCACCUAUGAUGAUGACGACGACUUUGAUGCAGUGCUCGAUGGAGCUUCUGCGGGGUUCAUGGAGACUGAAAGGGAAGAGCUGAUCAGGAAGGGUCUGCUGACACCGUUUCACAAGUUGAAGGGCUUUGAGAAGCGCGUUGAACACCCUGGAACUUCUAGCAGGCUAAAUGACUCUGCAGAACAAGCCGAGGAAACCAUGGAAGCUUCCAGCAUUGCUAAAGUUGCUCAGGCAAUGCAGAACAUGGCACAAAGCCGCCCAACUACCAAAUUGCUUGAUGCGGAGUUCUUGCCUAAGCUGGAUGCACCGACUGCCCCGUUUCAAAGGCUUGGAGUACCACUAAAACGCCCUGGCCUUCCGAGUUCAGAUGAGCGGAAAAACAAAAGGCUAAAAAGUAAGACCAAGAGACCAUUGCCUGGCAAGAAAUGGAUGAAUGCCAAUUCAAAGAAGGAGUCAUUAUUGGAUGUUGCAGAUGAGGAUGUUGGAGAUGCAGCCGCAUCAGUUUCUGUGUCUGAGAAUGAAGAUGAAAUAAUAGAAGAUUCUGAUGAGUUACCUCCAGUCAUCCUUGAAGGUGGUUUAAGAAUUCCUGGCUCCGUUUACACGCAGCUGUUUGACUACCAAAAAGUGGGAGUGCAGUGGUUAUGGGAGUUACAUUGUCAAAGGGCUGGUGGAAUAAUUGGCGAUGAAAUGGGCUUAGGAAAGACCGUGCAGGUCUUAUCAUUUCUUGGUGCUUUGCAUGACAGUGGUAUGUACAAGCCUAGCAUUGUUAUCUGUCCUGUGACCCUUUUGCAACAGUGGCGAAGGGAGGCCAGUAAAUGGUAUCCGAAAUUCAAAGUUGAGAUCUUACAUGAUUCUGCAAACAGUUCAAGUAAAAAGGGCAAGAGAUACAGUGAUUCUGAGAGUGAUGUUUCUUGGGAUAGCGAUCAGGAAGAGGUUACACGCGUGAAGCCUGCACAAAAGUGGGAUGACUUGAUUUCACGUGUUGUAAAUUCAGGGUCAGGCUUGCUUCUGACGACAUAUGAGCAGCUAAGAAUCAUACGGGAGAAGUUGCUUGAUAUAGAAUGGGGAUAUGCUGUAUUGGAUGAGGGUCACCGCAUAAGGAAUCCUAAUGCCGAGGUAACUCUGGUGUGCAAGCAAUUGCAGACUGUGCACAGGAUAAUUAUGACAGGAGCGCCUAUUCAGAAUAAACUUUCAGAACUGUGGUCUCUCUUUGAUUUCGUGUUCCCUGGGAAAUUAGGCGUCCUGCCGGUGUUCGAGACCGAGUUCUCUGUUCCAAUAACUGUCGGAGGGUAUGCUAAUGCAACACCGUUGCAAGUGUCCACAGCGUACAGAUGUGCUGUUGUCUUGCGUGACUUGAUCAUGCCGUAUCUUCUUAGGAGAAUGAAAGCAGAUGUCAAUGCACAGCUUCCCAAGAAAACAGAGCAGGUUCUUUUCUGUAGUUUAACUCAAGAGCAACGUGCUACUUAUCGUGCAUUUCUUGCUAGUUCAGAGGUGGAACAAAUAUUUGAUGGUAACAGAAACUCCCUUUACGGGAUAGAUGUCCUAAGGAAGAUAUGCAAUCAUCCUGAUCUUCUUGAGAGAGAACAAGCCGCUCAGAAUCCUGAUUAUGGGAAUAUUGAAAGAAGUGGAAAGAUGAAAGUGGUUGAGCAAGUACUAAAAGUCUGGAAAGAUCAAGGUCAUCGCGUUCUUCUUUUUGCUCAGACCCAACAGAUGCUUGACAUUUUGGAGAGCUUCUUGAUUGCCCGCGACUACCAAUAUCGAAGAAUGGACGGACUUACACCUCCAAAGCAAAGAAUGGCACUCAUUGAUGAGUUCAAUAAUACAGAUGAGAUUUUUAUUUUCAUUCUGACAACAAAAGUUGGUGGAUUGGGUACGAAUUUGACUGGGGCAAACAGGGUUAUAAUAUUUGAUCCUGACUGGAACCCUUCGACAGACAUGCAGGCCAGGGAACGAGCAUGGCGAAUUGGGCAAAAAAGAGAUGUGACAGUUUACAGGUUGAUCACACGUGGGACUAUAGAGGAGAAAGUCUACCAUCGACAAAUAUACAAGCAUUUCCUCACAAACAAAGUACUGAAAAACCCUCAGCAAAGGAGGUUCUUCAAAGCCAGAGACAUGAAAGAUUUAUUCACAUUGCAAGAUGAUGACAAGAAUGGUUCCACUGAAACAUCAAACAUUUUUGGCCAAUUGUCUGAAGAUGUGAACGUCGGUGCUCCAGAUGGCGAGGAGCGAGGCGAGCGCUCUUCAGCUUUACCGACCAGCGCAGGGGCUGAAACUUCUGUUGAUGGAAAUGGGAAAUCAGACAUUAAACCUGACCAAGCGGAUGAAGAAUCCAACAUUUUGAAGAAUCUUUUUGAUGCGCAGGGCGUUCAUAGUGCUGUAAAUCAUGAUGCCAUAAUGAGCGCUAACGACGAUCAGAAGCUGCGGCUAGAAGCAGAAGCUUCACAGGUGGCACAAAGGGCAGCUGAGGCUUUACGCCAAUCACGGAUGCUCAGAAGCCGUGAUGAUUUUGCUGUUCCCACAUGGACAGGAAGAGCUGGUGCUGCUGGAGCUCCAUCCUCUGUCCGCAGGAAAUUUGGGUCGACACUCAACACCCAGCUGGUUAGUUCUUCACAGCCGUCAGAAGGUUCUAACGGCAGCAGGGUUCAAAGUCUUCAGGUGGGCGCUCUGCAUGGCAAAGCGCUGUCCUCUGCCGAGCUUUUGGCUAAGAUGCGUGGAACGCGAGAGGGAGCAGCUUCAGAUGCACUGGAACAUCAGCUCAGUCUGGGCUCCUCUUCCAACCAAAGACCAGGCUCGACAGAGAACGGGCGCACAUCAAACUCUUCUUCUAGCAGGAACAUGAUUGUGCAGCCUGAGGUCCUGAUCCGCCAGCUGUGCACCUACAUACAACAGAAUGGUGGCUCCGCCAGCUCGACGAGCUUGACGGAACAUUUUAAGAACCGCAUACAGCCCAAGGAUAUGUUGGUGUUCAAGAACCUGCUGAAGGAAAUAGCAACCUUACAAAGGGGCGCAGGCGGCGCGGCAUGGGUGCUGAAGCCCGAGUAUGGGUAAAUUUGCAGCUGUAGUUCAUGGGUGCAAAUUUUUGAUUAAGAGUAGAUUCUCGCAUAAAAAAAAUCAUUUAGAUAGGAUAUUGAUGCAGAGAUGGAAAUUUUCUCUUAAAUCUUCUGAUAUGGCUGACAAAUUCUUUUUUGCAUAGAAGAGAUGGCACAAGAAUGUUAGUUAGGUGGCACCUUUUUUUCUUCCCAGUUAAACACUGGUUUGCGGCCUUUUAUCCUUUUCUGGUGUACAUGUUUACAGGGAAACAGACUGCAAUCUGAAUUUACGAGUACUGCUUUC